AGCAUUUAUCAUCAGUUGGCCCUGGCGUUUGCUUUCAUGGGACUGCGUUACUUUCAAGUUAAUAUAAUUAUAAGCUAAGGGAAUAUGUCGUUGGAGUCGGAAGAACUUGGAAGUCUCUUCGCCGUGAUUGGCGAUGAGGACACUUGUGUCGGUUUUUUGCUCGGUGGCAUUGGAGAAGUCAAUGAAGAUCGUGAAGCUAAUUUUAUGGUUGUGGAGAAGGACACCACUCCCGACCAGAUUGAGGCAUGUUUCAAGAAGUUCCUGAACCGACCUGACAUCGCCAUCAUUCUGAUCAAUCAGGUGUACGCGGACAUGAUUCGCCCCACUGUCGAUGCUCACAGCCUGGCUGUGCCCACUGUGCUGGAGAUUCCCUCGAAGCAGUACCAAUACGAUGCCGCCAAGGACUCCAUUCUGAAGCGGGCUCAAGUGAGUUGGCCUGCGGUGGGAACUUCGACCCCUUUUCACACCAAUCCAUUCCCAGAGCGUUUUCAGCCCGCCCGAGAGGCGCUUCUAGCUCCUCAACUUUGGCAAUCAGUUUCGGGAUCGAAGUGAGAGUUUAAUGAAAGAUUUGCAUAGUUCUCCAAUGCAUGCCGAAUGCCAAUGCCAGUGCUACAAAGUCGUUCGAAUUGUUGCUUAAAAAAAAACAUGCAUAGAUAUUUUCACACAGAAAUGAUGGGGGAAAAUAAAGCUUAUACGUACAUCAGGCAACUUUUCAGCUUUUGCGUUUUAAGGAAAUUGCCAAAAAACUGCAGUAGCAACAAUCUGAAAAGAGGAAAACAACAAAAAUGCGUUGCGCUUGCAACAAAAUUGAAAACAGCAACCACACAAAACAAAUACAAAAGAAAGAAAAGCUAUAACAAAAGUAACAACAAAGUGAACGAAAACGAUACAAAUAAGCGCUGAAAUGCCAAUACAUGGCAAAAAUGCAAGAAGAAAACCGAAUAAAACCAAAUAAAACAAAACAGCGAACCAAAAAAGGCACAACAGAAACCUAACAAAAUAAAAACUCUUAAAAAGACAGCACAUUUACGUUGUCUGGAUGGCUCUGGACCGAGUUGCAGGGAAAGUCGGGGCAAUGCGACUUCUUACGGGCUGCUUAGCGCAACAAAAGCAUGCGAAAACAAUAUUCGAGCAAAGUAUUUUGCGCCAACUUUUCGCACCAAGAAGUUGGCGCCGAGAAUGCAUUCAGAAACUUCUGUUCGAGUGACAAGUUUGCUGGAACCGAACCACCCAGAAAUAGAGGAGGACGUAGCCCUGGUGGCUCUGCAAAAGCGCAGCCUAAAAGCAGGCAGCCCUCCAGACCUCCAGCCUUCCAAAGGCCGCCCGAAGCUUAGCUAUAAAAUUCUUAAGAUUUGUGUAGAAGUCGACUAGUAAAUGCAUUUAUAGCCAUUUGGUACAAAGUA